CAUUCAGCCAACUACCUGCACUGGCGGCUGGUGUACGCGGUGGGCGAGGAGACGAACCAGACCAUGCGGGAUCUCUUCUUCCGGUUCUCGCAGAUCGUCUCGGGAGUCGACGAACCUCCAGAGAAGGAGAACGUGUGUGCGAUCGUGGUGAACAACCUGACGGGAAUGGCCGUCGGGAGUGUCUACGUAUCCAACUUCUUCCCAGCCACUGCCAAGCAAGAGGUGGAGCUGCUGGUGGCAGACCUGAAGGCGGCGUUUGAAGGGAUCCUCGACACGAUCGACUGGAUGGAUGCGGCGACGGUGGAGAAGGCCAGAGAGAAGAACGCUGCCAUUCGGGCCUUCAUCGGAUAUCCUGAUUUCAUCCUCGAUCCGGAGGCCCUCGCCGAAUAUUAUGCCGGGGUCGUCGCGAACGGCGACACUCACCUGUCGAACGUCUUCAGCCUGCUCGGCUGGUCGUGGGGGAGACAGGCGGCCGGCGUGAACGGCCCGGUGGACCGGGACGCCUGGAUCAUCCACCCGACCUUGGUCGACGCCAUGUACUCGCGCCGCCAAAACACCAUCACCUUCCCGGCGGGGAUCCUGCAGAGUCCGUUCUACCAGAAGGGAAGGCCCGCGGCCAUGAACUACGGCGGGAUCGGCAUGGUCAUCGGGCACGAGAUCACGCACGGGUUCGAUAGUAACGGUCGCCAGCACGAUGCCCAAGGGAACCUGGUCAACUGGUGGACGGACGCGACGGCCGAUGCCUUUGUGGAAAGGGCACAGUGCUUCAUCGAUCAAUAUGACGGCUACCAACUCCCCGAGCUCUCCGAAUUCUUGGAAGACCCUCACGUGAACGGACUGCUGACUCUGGGAGAGAACAUAGCCGACAACGGAGGGAUGCGGGAGGCCUGGUUCGCCUACCUCAAUUACAUCGACCGGAACGGAACGGAACCCUCCCUCCCUGGUCUCGAGUUCCUCACGCCUCAACAGCUCGUCUUUGUCACCUACUCUUGGAUCUGGUGCGGUGACAACACAGUGGAGUAUCUGCUGAACAUGAUCCUGAACGAUCCUCACAGUCCGCCCAAGUUUAGGGUCUACGGUGCCCUGAGCAACAACGCCGCCUUCGCCGAGGCCUUCGGUUGCACUGCCGACGACUUCAUGUUCAACGGGGCCGACAGCUGCGUCAUCUGGUAGUCAGUCUAUUCAUGGAG